AUGCUUCCCUGGCAACCAGCUCCUCCUCCCCGGUCCCCCGAGGCCCUCCAGAGGAAGCCAGCUCAGAGGCUCUGCGUAUUCCUGGUUUCCCUGCAGAGGGAAGAUUCCAGGGAGAGCCUAGGGCAGCCUGGGAUGGAUAUGGGGUCAGGCAGUGGCCAGGGCCGUGACUCGGAGACGACCUUCCAGCUGUGGCUCCAGCUGCUCCUCUGGGCCCACCUGACUGUCCGUUUCCUGGGCUACCUGCACCACGCCUUCUGGGCACCUAAGGCGCGGCCAGCACCCUGA